GUGAUAAGAGAAGCCUCCUGAUUGGCGUCAUCGCUUAAAUAUAAAGUAUUUGAUGAUAAUUCGUGUUUUCUACUGGUUGUGUAGUUAUCUGUCAGUGGUUGGUGUCAGCCAUCCUUUGGCGGUUGAUGAUGAUGAUGAUGAUGAUGAUGAGGAGGAGGAGCUAGCUGCAGAUGUUGACUGCCUGACUAAACUAACGAGCUAAAGUUGGUGCUUCAGAUCUCAAACACGGCACAUGAGUUUCUGCUUGCUCCAUUGGAUAAAAUACGGGAAGAUUAUCCCAGUGGAGAAUUACUCCUCAGAUUCAACAAUGGCUGUCUGAAGCAGGCUUAGUCUCAGCCUCCCAGUGACACUCCUACCUCCCUUUCUCUUGGUCUACACCCCUCUUUUCAUUUUGUUCAAUAUUUUAUUGUUCUGUUCUUUCGCCUCGUCUCAUUUUCUGGUGCUGCCAGGAAUCAGUCUGUCCUCUUUAUCACUCCCUGCUACCUCCUCUCAGUUGAGGCUGAAGGCUGUAAAUCCGUCACAAUGGUUGCUGAGGCAGACUCAGCGUCUCAGGGCAGCGGUGUGCGGCUGAAGCAGGAGAUUUCCCUCCUCCAUGGUGUCUGUCUCAUUGUGGGAAAUAUGAUAGGCUCUGGUAUCUUCGUCUCACCUAAGGGGGUUCUUAUGUACACAGGCUCAUUUGGCCUGUCGCUUGUAGUUUGGGCCAUUGGAGGAAUAUUUUCUGUUUUUGGAGCACUAUGCUAUGCCGAGCUUGGUACCACCAUCCGAAAAUCUGGAGCCUCCUAUGCCUACAUCCUGGAGGCCUUUGGAGGUUUCUUGGCUUUUAUUCGGCUCUGGACGUCGUUGUUGAUAGUUGAGCCAGCUUGUCAGGCGGUGAUCGCACUAACCUUCUCCAACUACCUGGUCCAGCCCUUCUACGCCACCUGUCCAGCCCCCUAUGUCGCCGUUCGCCUCAUCGCUGCUGUCAUCAUAUGUCUGCUGACAUGUGUGAACUGUAUGAAAGUGAAAUGGGGUGCCAUUCUUCAGGUCAUCUCCACCGUAGCCAAGGUCCUAGCUCUCAUCGUGAUCAUCAUUACUGGCAUGGUUAAGCUGGGACAAGGUUUUGAUCAGAACUUUGAGGACUCCUUCAAAGGCUCCAAACUGAACCCUGGUGACAUGGCCCUGGCCCUCUAUUCAGCACUCUAUUCCUACUCUGGCUGGGACACACUCAACUUCAUCACAGAGGAGAUCAAAAACCCAGAGAGGAAUCUGCCUUUGUCCAUCGCUAUUUCCAUGCCCAUAGUGACUGUGAUCUACAUCUUGACCAACAUAGCUUACUAUGUCGUUAUGGAUGCAGAUGCAGUGCUCAACAGUGAAGCUGUUGCUGUGACAUUUGCAGACGAGGUGCUGGGCUGGGGUCGAUGGCUGAUCCCACUCUCUGUGGCCAUUUCCUGCUAUGGAGGCCUUAACUCCUCCAUUAUUGCUGCCUCCAGGUUGUUUUUUGUUGGUUCCAGAGAAGGUCAACUACCUAAUAUGCUGUGCAUGAUCCACAUAAAGCGUUACACUCCAAUUCCUGCCCUGCUUUUCAAUGGUGGCAUGUCUCUGUUUUACCUGUCCGUGCCUGACGUUUUCCAGUUGAUCAACUACUUCAGCUUUAAUUACUGGUUGUUCAUCGGCUUAUCAAUAGCCAGCCAGAUCUACCUUCGUGUCAAAGCUCCUGAUCUGCACCGACCUGUGAAGCUGUCUUUGUUCUUCCCGAUCGUCUACUGCCUGUGCAGCAUAUUCCUGGUAGUGGUUCCCCUCUACAGCGACACCAUCAACUCUCUAGUGGGAAUAGCUGUGGCGUUGUCCGGUGUACCAGUCUACUUCAUUUGCAUCCACUUGCCGGCAAGCUCCAGGCCAGCCUUCCUCGGAAAAAUGAUCGAUAAGAUCUCUCUAAUCACCCAAAAACUGUGCAUGUGCUGUGUGGCCUCGCCUGAUAUCGACCUGGACAAUAUAGACCCAGAGAAGAUCGAAUGAUGAGGCCUUGUGUGGACUGCUGUAUGGAGGGAUGGAAGAGGAAGAAAGGACACAAAGGAAGCUAAAAGCUGCAGACAAUCAGGAAUUAGAUUAAUAUAGCUUGACUGAUUUAAAGAAGGAUGUGAAGAAACUGACGAGGUGAGCUCAACACACCUCCUCCUUCUCUGAGCACACGAGCCAUAUGUAUUAAGGAGAAGGAUUUUGCCCUGAAUGAAUUGUGUACGUGAUGACCCUCCAACAAACAGCACUGUACAGAUUAACUCAGUGGAACUUGAGCACAUUCACAUGCUGUUACACAAUGCCGUGUUGGCUGUGCAAUUCCCUCCACGCAUGUGCCCAAACACUGCAACUCGCACACAUAUAAGCUGACCGUAAGCCUUAGGGUGACACUGCGACAAAUGGAAACCUGAUCUAGAAGGUAUUGAUUCAGCAAAGAAGUCUGAGGAGAUUUACAAACAGAAGGCUGUCACAGAAAAUACACAGGUGGAUUUGAAAAUGUUAACACCUUACAUGUUACAUCACAUCUCUUAUAUUAUGUCUAAAACAUGAGCCUGGAUGGUUCAAACCCUGUUACCCUUUUAAAAUGACUUAUGUGACCACCUCAUUACAUGUUAUAAAUGUGACAGGAUGUUGGCAAAGUCAACUAAAUGGUUAUUUUCUUUCUUAUUUGAACAUUAUAAGGGUCCUUAAGAUCAUAAAAUGCCUCAGUAGUCCCCAAACAAAAAACAUUUAUUCAAAAAAAGAAACGUUUUAAAGUCUGAUUACAUGCAACCCCUCAUUUUUGUCAUGCAAGCCAGUGGGAAGGGUCCACACCACUGGGUUAAAUGCAGAAGGUUGUAGAUAUCAAGACCCUCCCACUGUUUGUUAGGGAUGGGAAUUGAUAAGAUUUUAUUUAUUAUAAUGCCAUUAUCCAUUCUGCUUAUCACUUCUUUAUCGAUUUCUGAUUAGUUUUCUGUGUGGUUAAGAAAAAAGAACACAGGUUUUCAGCUUGAAUGCAGCUGUUUUGUAAUCUUUGGAGUGGAGAAAGGUGGAGAAUAUGAUCUUUAUGCAAGAAAACCAAGGAAGCUGUGUCAAAUACAUGACUUUCCUGGAGUUUAAUCCCAUGUUGCAUAGAAUGAUGUUACAGCAUAUUGUUGGUCCACCCUUGCUGAAAUGGUUUUACAGACAUUACAUGUUAAAUGAAGCCACACUUUGUGUCGUUUAUCCCUCCGCCAUGACUACUUUUUAAAAGUUUUUCAGCAGCGUAGAGACAUAAGUAUGAAGGUUAAAGUUUUGCAUUGUAACACUGUCAGAAAAACAUGCGGGCAUUGAUUAAAGGAGAGGCAUGUAAUUACAAUGGAUCGAAUCAUUUGAAACCGAUUCUCAAUUCCCAUCCCUACUUCUUCUGUGUCAAGGUGAUGGUUUGUAUGACUUCAGAUAGGUAAUUGGCCAGUGUUUGUGGUACUUACAAUUGUAUUAACAGUUGUGAUUAUUAUUACAUUAUCUUUGAACUUCUUGACAGACCUCUGUAAACUGCAGUAACUUUGCACAUGCCACUUGCAUUCCCUGUUUUGUUGCACAUCUACUUCGGUUGUAGAAGAGCUUUAUUCUGAUCUAUUUAUGAACUGAAGGACCAAAUGGACUAGUGCAGAUGUUGGGUUUUUUUUCUAAUUAGUUCAGAAAGAGGAAUAGAUUAUUUUAAAAAGUGCUGUUAUUUCUUGCAGUUCGGGUAAGCAUAAGUUGACUGAAUAUGAUCAUAAAUCCAUCACUAUGUGCAUCCUGCUUUUGAUCCACUUCUGUUAUAUAUGUGAAAUGUUUUCUUUGUCUCAUCUAAAUCCUUUGAAUGCAUCUUCAGGGCUAUAUUUGACGUCUGGUGCCUCCUAGUGGUAGCUAAUAUUAACUUCCAGGGACAAGCUACAAGAUUUUCCCAAGUGUCAUUCAAGAGUCCAUCUACAAUUUGCAUGUUUUUGUUUGACAGGUGUUAUGGGUGUCAAAAAGGUUUUAAAAAUGUAAACUCGUGAUUGUUUCUGGAUUAAGCAAAUGUACCUGCCAGACUCCUCUGGCUAAUGUUUGUCUUUUGAAUGGGGUCUAUGUAGAAACAAACCUCAGGAUCAACCAUGCUGAUGUGCACACGUUGUUGCUGAUAUUUAUGGUCUUUCCCUUUUUAUCCUCUCUUGUCUUAAGAGUUUGUAUCACAAAUAGGAUAUUUAAUGUAAUGUUGCCUUGUGGAUAUAGCACCAACUUGGACCAUUUAUUCACCAUGCAUAGCCAAAGGUCUUAAACAGGCUGAUAGUUGAACCAUCUUUGUGCUCAGAGUGCAGUGAGCCUGUAGCAAAGUGUCUUUCAAGUGAGAACAUCAUAGCUGUAACGUGUUCAAGAAACCGGUAGAAACUAGUAGAACUUUGGUGUUUGUACUGUAGUCCUGAUGAACUCUAUGUGCCUUCUGUGAGUGUGGUCUACAUAAGGCCAUGUCUAUUUUUGAUAUUGUAAUUUAGCUCUAGUGUUUAGUGUCUUGAGCACAAUCAUAUUGACACCUUGCUGUAGGGUUUGCCAAAUGUUUUUCAGGUGGUCAAACAGCUUCAGAUGUUGUAGUGAAGGUCAGUUAAUGUCUUGACUCCAACACUUCCAACAACACCAGCCAACAGAAGCACACAGAUAUGUUUAGUUCAAUGUUGCUUUCUCGGAGGCCAGUGUCAUGUAAACCAAACUGGUCAGUUUCGUGUGUGUUGUCGAGAAAUAAAACCAACAAAUAUAUCUGCAGUAGACACAGACUAUUUUCAAUGUAUUUCCAUAUAUUGUCAUGUUAUGAACAUAUAUACUCAGAAAUCACAGGACUUGAAUGUUGCAGUAUAUUUGAUGUAUUUCGAUGGGUACCAAAUACUGAAUGUGUGUUCUCUGGUUGGGCUGUGUUUGACAAAGUUGUGUUUUGUGUAUUUGUGGAGUUGUGUCUUAAGUGCUUGCUUUGUUGACUGUUUUUAUUUAUUAUGUAUUUGACAUAGAUAAACCAAAUGGCAAGACAUGCCUUUCAGUGAAGGACGUGUUUGCUCAGACUGAGAUAGGAAGGGGCUGUGUUUUAUUUGAAUAAAGACAAGUACAGAAUGUG